CCUCGAUUGUCUCUGCAACCUUGCCGCGCAGAAUGACCUUGCCCCAGCGUCGACGGCUGAAUCAGGCACAUCAUGCGACCGACCUCACCUCGGUUCCAGCUCGAAUUGCACCACCGCUCUUCCUCAGGCGAAUGAAAGCAGGACGUGGCUGAGCCCCAUGCGACUUGCAAACACUCGUCCGACCGUCCCGGGGAACCAACCCCAGCCUCCACGUACACAUUGCUGUCCGUUCUGCGGGGAAGUGGUUUGGACUACGGCCAUAGAGGAUCGCUGACCGCUCGUAUUCCCCGGGACCUUUUUGGCAUGGCCGUGGCUCCUCCCUCCUCCUCCUCCACCAGCUCCACGCUCCACAUAUUGCCCGAUGGAAGUCCUCGAAGCUAAAUCAAUCCUCCCCGCCUGGGGUUGCCAUUCGAAUUAACAAGUUGACCAUUGGCAGCAGGUGCCAAUAAUUUCCUUGCGGGGUCUGUUCCAGUCAGCCAUUGCCAAUGUCCUAAAAAUCGAAUCCGAGCAGUUGCUCAACGCCAUGCCUCUUCUCGAUUGGCUUUUCUGCAUGCUCACAGGAGCAUCGAUUGACCUUGGCCGACCCUGGCCCUGGACCUUGCGCCCCUCUGAUCCUGGAUGACAGUGAGCCACGCGACGCCUAGCCCGUCCCGCUAAAGUACAAGGAAAUGGAAUUAUUUCUGUGACCGAUGCAUCGGAUGCAUUCGAGAUGCCUCCCUCGCACUGCAUAAGGGGUCGGCAGUUUAACCCUGACCAGUUAGCAUUCAUUCCUCUCACAUUGUCCACAUCAGAAAAGCUGGGCUCUUGCCAGGGUCUACAUUUUGUCCUGGCCCCACGUCCUGUCACCACCCUACCCAUGGCGCGCUUGAUGCUGGAGGAUGCGGCGAGGGCCAGAAGUUCGGGUGGAAGCAAAUAAAGAGGGUGGAAGCUGCUGUGGCCUGACCCCCGUCGCCCACGGUUGAAAUAGCUGCCCCUUGCGCCCAUCUGGAGCUCUCGCAGUCUUCUAAGUGCUGUCCAUUUUUUGUUCUGUGACUGAUCUGUGAGAAUAACAAACGUCCGAGAUGGCGACCGACCUUCAACACACCCCUACCUCCACGGAAAGGGACAUGAUCGAAGAAAAGCCUGGGUUGUCGCAUACUGUCUCUUCAGGCGCAAUCUCUAUCAGUCCGGAACUUUUCGAAAAGCUCUACCUUACUCCCAAAGUUCCUCAUUCCGGCGACAACAUCAAGCGGUUCGCCAACCCGACUCCGCUCGGUUUCGUCGGGUAUGCCCUAGACGCAUCACCUUGCGAGACAGUCAUACUGAUGGACACCUAGCUUCGUGAUCUCGACUAUGACUUUUGCCAUGGUCAUGAUGGGCUGGGGUGGCGCCAGCGGCCUCUCCCCCGUGGUCGGAAUCUUCUUCUUCGUCGGCCCGGUCCUCCUGGUUUUGACAGUCAUCUUCGAAUGGAUCAUGGGCAACUUCUUCUCCAUGAUGGUCUGCGGCCUCUUCGCUGUGUUCUGGCUUUCCUUCGGCAUGCUUCAGCUCCCCACGCUCGGCCUCGCGACGCCAUACUCCCCCAGUGGGACCAAUGCCGUGAUUGGCUCAGCCUCAAAGGAGUACAACGCUGUUAUCGCCCUCUACUUGAUUGUAUGGGGAUUCGCGUUGUUUACCUUUUUCAUCUUCACGCUGAAGACGAACGUCGUGUUUGCACUCAUCUUUUUGUUUGUCACGAUAGGCGCGUGGGUGUUGAGUGGUGCCUACUGGAAAGUCAGUACCGGAGAUUAUGAUACCGCGGGGGAUUUGCAGAAGACUGGCGGAGCUCUGCUCUUUAUAGUUGGCUGUCUGGGCUGGUACAUGACUUUUGUCAUGAUGGCAGCGGAGAUGCGUCUCGCCAUCAAGCUGCCCGUGGGCGACCUGAGCCACUUCUGGCCGAAGACGGAUGUGGAGAUGGGAAGGGCCGAGAAGCAGGCCUAAGGGCUCCUUCGCGAGAGCUGCAAGUCCUGAGGUCGCCAACUCGGCAGGCCUCGUCCCCGUCGUCGUCCCUAUCCAUGUCCGAAUUCCACUUCGCCUUCGAUCUCUCGAUUAUUUGUUGCAGACGCAAGUUUUUGGCAGAAGCCAACUGGAGAAAGAAGUGAACAAAGCAAUGAUUGCGUAUCUACCAAUGUGCUCUUAUCAGGAGAAAGGCUGCUCAGCAGAGAAAGACCUGGUAGCACGUCCUGUUUGACGGCUCCUCUUUGGUGUCUCCCAGAAAGGUCGAUCCCCUGGACGAGAAGCGCGAGAUGUGAGGAUUUUUUCCCGCUGAGGGCGGCUCAUCUCUCCCUCCACGCUCGUCCUUUUCACCACUAAUUCGCUCGUUUAACCAUUUGACCUUUUAGGUAAUCAGCGACACAAAAGUCAUGCAGAUUGCGAUCACAGUUGAGCAGUUUUUUAUGUCCCGAAUGAUACCACUCUACACCACCGGCGAGGGAGGGAGAACAAAACCUUGAGUAAUGCGGAUUCAGAAUCGCCCAAUGCAAGGCAUGUUUUCAAUAGCCCGAUACUCC